UGCAUACACUGCCAGCCACAGAGCUGGUUUGGGGGCAGGCCUGGAUCUGGAGCCCAAACCUCCCUCCUGUUCAUAGCCGGUUCAGGUCUCCAGUCUUGAUUCUGACAAUAUUGAAUCUGCCAGAUUCACGUUUCUACCUCAUGCUUCCCCAGGCAUUCCAGGACUGAAUGCCCAAUUCCAUGAUAGAGCUGGAGCAAGGAUGAGCAUUUUGGCUUUACAGAUGGAGAAACUGAGGCUCAGAGGGUCAUUGAUGCCUCCAGCCUCUCCCUCAAUCCUUGAAAGCUUAAAGCAAAGGGAAAGAGAAUUAGCACGUGUGUAGCUCCUCACAGUGAGCCUCACUAUGUGCCUGAGAAGUAGGUGCUGUUGUUAUCCCCAUUUUACAGUUGGGGAAACUGAGGCAAAGAGAGAUUUUUUUUUUAAGUGACUUGCUCAAGGUCACACAGGUAGUAAGUGGCUAAGGUUGGAUUUGAACACAAGCCUUCCCGAAGGACACAUCCACUGCUCUACCUUGCUGCCUAGAAAGGGUCACUGAGUGCAGAGGAGAGGAUACAGUGGGCAGAACAGCUUCCUGGGACCCGAGGGACUCCCCGGCCUCAGAGAGUCAGGAAAGAAUCCUUUCUUCAAUGCUCCUGGCAGGGGAAGCUUGGGCAGCUUCAGCCACAGAUGUCAAGGCUCCUGCGGCCCAGGAGGGUUCCCUCCCCCUGAAACAUCAGAGCCAAAAUAAUGGAGUGACUAAAAAAAGAUCCGAGCUGCCUCUUGUUCUCCCAGAGCCCUCUGGGCGGCGGCCCCGGGAUUCCCAGACAUCAGACACUGUCCUUAUCACAGGGUCACAAAUGUAGUCCUGGAAAUGGCCUCGAAGACCAUCAGGUUCAGCUUGAUUUCGCAGUCAGAGAGGGGAGCGGCUCACUAGUGCCUGGGACAGGAUUCGAACCCGGGGCCUCCCGACUCUCGCUUGGGCUCCGUUUCCACUUUACACCCGACCUCUUUCUGCGGGGCUGAGGCAGCCUCUCGGUUCUCCCGGUGACAUCCCCGCUUGCAGCUUCCUCUGUCUCCGCCGCCGCCCUCCGUGUAGCAGUGGAGCUGCCACCCCAGGCCCGCGUGACGGUGGAGGGAGCAGUGGGGACAAUGACAGCGCCCCAGGAGAACUCAAACGGCCCCUUGGCUUUGGCGAGAAGUAGGUCAGACCAAUCCUUUGGUUUAUUCUUUCAUUUUUGUUUAAAUUAAUUUCAUGUAUUUUUUCUCUCUCCCAUCCUCCCUUUGGGGAAAGCUCGGGACUAAGGAUGCCAAUGUUGGCUGCCCGUGCCCCGAGGGCGCUGCCCCGAGCCUGUGCUCUGUGUCACACGGCAGCAGCAGCGGCCCCGGAGUCAGGGCCGGCCUCCCUGCCUCCGCCGCCCCAGGCACACACUGUAACCGGAGCCCCAGACCUGCCCAGGGAGCUCAUCCCUCCUCUCGCAGCUCCCAUCCCCGGGAAGAUGUUCCCCGCCUGCGAUGCGAGGACAAAGGCGGACGACACAGUGAGAGCGGGGCUGGGGAGGGGGCUCCUCGUUUUGCCCUCUGGGGUCACGUGAGACAAGUCUAUCCACCAGGACAGACCUUGGGUCCUCGAGGAAAGGCAGCAGGUCCCACUGACCUUGUGUCCCCCAGGCCUGACAGCCCCGGCUCCUCCUAAGGCAAGACCUGCAGGCUACGCUGCCCUGGGCACCUUUCCCUGGGCUCUCCUGGGCUGGCACCGAGCUGGGCACCGCGGUCCCGCAGGGAUCCAGCAACACUGUGGGAAGGAAGGAAGGAACGUCCUGGCUGGGGGGGUGGCGCUUUCACGGGGAAUUCAGCUAUGGAGUGAGGGGAGUGGCAGACGCCGUCUCUGGCCAGGCAGCCGCCAAGGUGGGGCCUCCUUCCCGCCCUCGCCCCCAACAAGGUGGGAGGGCGCAGCCGCUGGCAGCCCCGGCCGGGAGGAGGCCCAGGGGGGCGGCGGGCCUGGCUCAGGUGGCAGCGAGACCGAGGGGGAUCUGGUUCCCGGGGACAAAGGGCCCGCGAGGUGGGGCAGGUGAAUAAAACAUGAGGGGCCUGUGCUGGGCCGGGCUGGAGGCAAGCUGACCUCAUUCUGUCCAGCGGCGGGGAGCCAGAGCGGGGCUGGUGAGAGGGGCCGGGCAGGAGGGCUCUGGGGGGAGAGAUCCUGGCAGGAGGAGGAAGCGUUUCAUACACUGAAGGGAAGCACUGGGAACAGGGGGGCCUGAGAGCUUGGGAUGGGGGAGGCAGAAGCAGAGGCCAGGGGGGCGGCGGAGGCUUCGGGGAAGGCCGGAGGCUGCUUGGGAUGUGGCCGAGGCAGCUCGGCUCCCACUGUGGGGGUCUUCCAGAGCGUAGGGAGGGCAAGGCUGAGCCCCAACAUGGCGCCUGUUCCUCCUCCUCCCUGCCUCCCCCCCCAGGGCUAGGACGCUGCUUCCCAGCCAUGAGGCAGGGCUGAGAAUCAGUCGCAUCCAGUUGGGGGAAGCCGGGGGGGGCAGGUUCUGGGGGAGUUUCUGAGGGGCUCAGGGCUCCCCUAAUUCUCUAAGGGUCCCCUCCCGGCUCCAGCAGGCACAUCCUGGAAUCCAAGGCAGGAAAGUGGGAUGAUGGAGAGAGCAAAAAUGGCGUGGAGGGGGAGGGGAGGUCAGGGAGACGGGGGCCGGCCCUGGGGGAGCCCCGACUCAGACCCGGCUCCCGGGGAGGGCUCUGGCCAAGGACUGGGAGCAGUCCUUGAGCGGCUUCUUCCUUUUCCUGGGGCUUCCCAGAGGACCCAAGGCCAGGAGAAGCAGCGCCCUCCAAAGCCAGGCCCAGUCCAGGGAGUCAUGGCCCAGUCUCGGGACCCCCCCUCGAGGGCUCCGGAGGAAGACCCCGGCCCCAGUCGGGCACCGGCCGGCCCGGGACAACCGGAAUCGGGGACCGGGGGGCAGCCGAGUGCCAGCCCCUGCUCCGGCCCCGGGGCGCUUGGGCUCCCGGACUCUGAUGAGCUUGCCGCCCAGAUCGAGGCUGCUUAUGGUCCGGACAGGGAGCUUCGCCCAGAAGAGAUAGAAGAACUACAGACCGCCUUCCAGGAGUUUGACCGAGACAGGGACGGUUACAUCGGCUACCGGGAGCUGGGGGCCUGCAUGCGCACUCUGGGUUACAUGCCCACCGAGAUGGAGCUCAUUGAGAUCUCCCAGCAGAUCACCGGGGGGAAGGUGGACUUCGAAGACUUCGUGGAGCUGAUGGGCCCCAAAAUGCUGGCGGAGACGGCAGACAUGAUUGGUGUCAGAGAGCUGCGGGACGCCUUCCGGGAGUUCGACACCAAUGGCGACGGCCAGAUCAGUCUGGUGGAGCUGCGGGCGGCCCUGAAGGCCCUGCUGGGCGAGCGCCUCAGCCAGCGCGAGGUGGACGAGAUCCUGCACGACACUGACCUCAACGGGGACGGGCUCAUCGACUUUGAAGGUAGCUGCUCCUGGCCCCCGGAAGCCCCCAGAAAAGCUUAUCCCCCGGAAAUGGCAGCGGGGCCCCAAAGGCUCCGAGGGCACCCCGGGAGCCCCUUGCCCAGAGUCAGCUCCAGGGCCCAAGGACUGGCUCCGGCCGCGUCGGGCAGGGCUCAGCGAGCCGCCCCCGGCGCCCAGCACUGCAGUUAGUCCCGACCUCCCCAGUGGGAAGCCGGGAGCUGAGGGCCUGCCCCUACAGAGUUUGUCCGGAUGAUGUCCCGCUGACCCGAGCCGCCUGCAGAGACCCCCGAGGGCAGCAGCUUCAGGCCUGGGAUGCGGCUCAGCCACACGCAGGGGUCACCAAACCCCGCUCCCGGGGCCCGUCCGGAAGCUUCCCCCCUUCCCCUUGAUCUAAAACCCCGGGCCUGUGUGUGAGCUUCCCCCACUCCUCGCACUCCCCACAAUCCUCCCCUCUGUGUGCCCCUCCCGUCCCCACCCUCACCCUUCACCAUAAAGUUUCUGGAAGUCUGACCACGA